AUGGGUAUAGAUAAUAAAAGUUAUGUGAAAUCGGACGAGGACUUGGAGAUGUAUGACAAAGGUCAGAUCGCCAAGGCAGUUGACAAGACCUUUGGUUAUGAGGAGGCGUUAGAUUUAACAGGUCACGGAAAAUACAACUAUGGGCUGCUAUUCGCCUGCUUCAUGAUUAUCAUUGCCAUGGGCAUUGACAUUUUCGGGCUGGGCAUCAUUGCGACCGCCGCUACCUGCGACCUCGGCAUGACUAUCAAGGAGAUUGGCAUUCUUUCGUCUAUGCCGUUUGCGGGGAUCAUCGUGAUGUCGUAUCCUUGGGGAUAUCUGUCGGAUACGCGCGGCAGGAAGCUGGUCCUGAUGUGUGCUAUGUGCGGUAGUUUUGUGAGCGCAACUCUGAGCAGCUUUGCGCCGAAUUGGCAGGUGCUUGCCACCCUCCGGUUUGCUAGCUCCGCAAUGUCCAGUGCCGCUGAAUCUGCGACAUACGCACUUCUAGGCGAGUGCUGCAAUUCCAGGUCUAGGGCGCGAUACAUGCUGCUCAUGACCAGUGCUUUGAUGCUGACUCCUACUUUGUAUUAUAUAUGGGGAUAUUUCAUAACAAAGCUGGACUUUUCCAUCCCGUUCUUGGGAAUAGUGUUCCGUCCAUGGCGUCUUCUGACUUUAGUAAUGGCUCUGCCUUUGGGCCUAGGUGCGUUGCUACUGUACUUCUUUAGUGAGAGCCCCAAAUUUCUAGCCAACAUAGGCAGGAAUGAAGAGGCCGUGGAAGCUCUGAAGAGGAUAUACGUGGGGAACGGUGGAAAACUUGAAAAGUUUCCUGUAAAGGAUAUUUAUUUAGAAGAAGGCAGCAAAGAUACAGUUGGUGAAUUCUCAUUGCGUUCCCUGUGGUCACAGAUCGCUCCUCUGUUCAAACCGCCUUUGUUGUGGAGGACGUUACUUCUCUACUAUCUCACCUUCGUUAUUUAUAUAGCAAACAACAGUUUUGCUAUUAUUCUUCCGACUAUAUUGAACGUGUUCUUCACAUCCUACGCGACCAGCAGCGCCGGUAUGGGCUUCUGCGAUCUCUUCAAGAUGACGGUCUCAAAUAACGUCACCGUAGUCGAAGAGUUAAGUCGGGAAGGGUCCAUGUGCCAGGGAUCGAUUGAGGACAACACUAUAUGGGCGGGAUGUGCUCAUGGGCUCUCGUUCUUCGUUCUCAAUGCACUUAUUUCACAAUGUGCGAGAAGACGAAAGGUUCUAUCGAUCACCAUCCUCCUGGUGGCAGCAGUUGCAGCGUUCGCCAUCGACAAUACGGGUGAACCUCUCUCUGGGCUCAUCCUUUUCUACAUCUUCCUCACAACUGCAAUGGUUUUUGGCGUCGUUUCCUCUUAUUUCGUGGAUCUUUAUCCCACUUCAUACAGAGGCAUGGUGGCGUGCCUGGGCAUGAUGGUGGCGCGGCUGAGCUCGUUCGCCGGCACCAACCUCGUGAGCAGUAACAUGAGCGAGCACUGCUCAGUCACACUUUAUGGAGCCGCCGGCCUCGUCAUCAGUGGCGCUGUGACCGCAGCGUUACUGCCUGCCGAUACACUGUCAAAAUUUCAUUAA